CAGCGGAGGUCGUCGGGGGCGGCGGGCGGUGAGCGCGCUCCCGCUUCCCCGGCGGCGGCCGCAGGACAAUGGAGGUGGCUGUGGAGAAGGCGGCGGCGGCGGCCCCGGCCGGGGUCCCCGCAGCGGCGGCGCCGAGCGGGGAGAACGAGGCCGAGAGCCGGCAGGGCCCGGACUCGGAGAGCGGCGGCGAGGCGUCCCGGCUCAACCUGUUGGACACUUGCGCCGUGUGCCACCAGAACAUCCAGAGCCGGGCGCCCAAACUGCUGCCCUGCCUGCACUCGUUCUGCCAGCGCUGCCUGCCCGCGCCCCAGCGCUACCUCAUGCUGACGGCGCCCGCGCUCGGCUCGGCAGAGACCCCUCCACCCGCGCCCGCCCCCGCCCCCGGCUCCCCGGCCGGCGCUCCUUCGCCGUUCGCCACCCAAGUUGGAGUCAUUCGAUGUCCAGUUUGCAGUCAAGAAUGUGCUGAGAGACACAUCAUAGACAACUUUUUUGUGAAGGAUACCACUGAAGUUCCCAGUAGUACAGUAGAAAAGUCUAAUCAGAUAUGUACAAGCUGUGAAGACAAUGCAGAAGCUAAUGGGUUUUGUGUGGAAUGUGUCGAAUGGCUCUGCAAGACAUGUAUUAGAGCUCACCAGAGGGUGAAGUUCACAAAAGACCACACAGUCAGACAGAAAGAAGAAGUAUCUCCAGUUUGCCAAAACUACAACCAUCUUGUCUUCCAAGUUAAUAACAACUCGUUAGUGCUGUCUCAUGUUUUAGGUCACUCAAAGCUUUUUGUUAAAAGAUAUCAAUUUAUAGAAGAAGCUUUUCAAAAUCAAAAAGUAAUCAUAGAUACUCUAAUCACCAAACUAAUGGAAAAAACAAAAUAUAUAAAGUAUACAGGAAAUCAAAUCCAAAACAGAAUAAUUGAAGUAAAUCAAAACCAAAAGCAGGUAGAACAGGAUAUUAAAGUUGCCAUCUUCACAUUGAUGGUAGAGAUAAACAAGAAAGGGAAAGCCCUGCUGCACCAGCUUGAGAGUCUUGCAAAGGACCAUCGAAUGAAACUUAUGCAACAGCAGCAGGAAGUGGCUGGACUUUCUAAGCAGUUAGAGCACGUCAUGCAUUUUUCUAAAUGGGCUGUUUCUAGUGGCAGCAGCACAGCAUUGCUUUACAGCAAGCGACUGAUUACAUACCGGUUACGGCACCUUCUUCGUGCAAGGUGUGAUGCCUCUCCUGUGACCAACAACACCAUCCAGUUUCACUGUGAUCCUAGUUUCUGGGCCCAAAAUAUUAUCAACUUGGGUUCUUUAGUAAUCGAGGAUAAAGAGAGCCAGCCACAAAUACCCAAGCAGAAUCCUGUCGUGGAACAGAGUUCACAGCCACCUGGUUUGGCUUCCAACCAGUUAUCCAAGUUCCCAACACAGAUCAGCCUAGCUCAGUUACGACUCCAGCAUAUGCAGCAACAGGUAAUGGCUCAGAGGCAACAGGUGCAACGGAGGCCAGCACCUGUGGGUUUACCAAACCCUAGAAUGCAGGGGCCCAUCCAGCAGCCUUCCAUCUCUCAUCAGCAUCCACCACCACGUUUAAUAAACUUUCAGAAUCACAGCCCUAAACCCAAUGGACCAGUUCUUCCUCCUUAUGCUCAACAGCUGAGAUAUCCACCAAGCCAGAAUAUACCACGACAGACAAUAAAACCCAACCCCCUGCAGAUGGCUUUUUUGGCUCAACAGGCCAUAAAGCAGUGGCAGAUCAGCAGUGGACAGGCCACGCCCACAACUGCCAGCAGCUCAUCCUCCACUCCUUCCAGUCCCACAAUCACAAGUGCAGCAGGGUAUGAUGGGAAAGCUUUUAGUUCACCCAUGAUUGAUCUGAGUGCACCAGUGGGAGGUUCUUACAAUCUUCCAUCUCUUCCAGAUAUUGAUUGUUCAAGUACUAUCAUGUUGGAUAAUAUUGCAAGGAAAGAUACAAAUGUAGAUCAUGGCCAGCCAAGACCUCCAUCAAACAGAACAGUACAGUCACCAAAUUCAUCAGUGCCAUCUCCAGGCCUUUCAGGACCUGUUACGAUGACUAGUGUCCAUCCCCCAAUACGUUCACCUAGUGCCUCCAGCGUUGGGAGCCGAGGAAGCUCUGGCUCUUCCAGCAAACCAGCAGGAGCUGAUUCCACUCACAAAGUCCCAGUAGUCAUGUUGGAGCCAAUCCGAAUAAAACAAGAAAACAGUGGACCACCUGAAAAUUACGAUUUUCCUGUUGUUAUAGUAAAACAAGAAUCAGAUGAAGAAUCUAGACCUCAAAAUACUAACUAUCCAAGAAGCAUACUUACUUCCCUCCUCUUAAACAGUAAUCAGAGCUCUGCUUCUGAGGAAACUGUGUUAAGAUCUGAUGCCCCUGAUAGCACAGGAGAUCAGCCUGGACUCCAUCAGGAAAAUUCCUCAAAUGGAAAGUCUGAGUGGAUGGAUGCCUCGCAGAAGUCCCCUGUGCAUGUUGGAGAGACAAGGAAGGAGGAUGACCCCAACGAAGACUGGUGUGCAGUUUGCCAAAAUGGUGGGGAACUUCUAUGCUGUGAAAAAUGUCCUAAAGUUUUCCAUCUUACUUGUCAUGUGCCCACACUGACACAUUUUCCAAGUGGAGAAUGGAUUUGUACUUUCUGCCGAGACUUAUCUAAGCCAGAAGUUGAAUAUGAUUGUGAUACUCCCAGUCACAACUCAGAUAAAAGGAAAGCUGAAGGCCUUACUAAAUUAACGCCAAUAGAUAAAAGGAAAUGUGAACGCCUGCUUCUUUUUCUUUACUGCCAUGAAAUGAGCCUGGCUUUCCAAGACCCUGUUCCUCUCACUGUGCCUGAUUAUUAUAAAAUAAUUAAAAACCCAAUGGACUUGUCAACCAUCAAGAAAAGACUUCAGGAGGAUUAUUGCAUGUAUACAAAGCCUGAAGACUUUGUAGCUGACUUUAGACUGAUCUUUCAAAACUGUGCUGAAUUCAAUGAGCCUGAUUCUGAAGUAGCUAAUGCUGGUAUAAAACUUGAAAGCUAUUUUGAAGAACUUCUAAAGAACCUUUAUCCAGAAAAAAGGUUUCCUAAAGUAGAAUUCAGGAACGAGCCAGAAGACACUAAAUUCAGUGACGACUCAGAUGAUGAGUUUGUACAGCCCCGCAAGAAGCGCCUCAAGAGCAUGGAGGACCGCCAGCUGCCCAAGUGAGCAGCACAUGGCCACAUGCUGUCCUAGAAAUGUUUCUUUAAAAAAUAAACAAAAACCUGUCAGUGAUUUAACAUCGUGACAAAGGGUUUGUGAGCUCUCGGAUCUGUUUUUGCUGUUUACUGGACUUUGAUUUCUUUAAUAACUCAUUUCUUUAACCUCUUGUCAUUAAUAAUAAAAAAGAGGAAAGAAGGAAAUGUGUAGAAGAAGAAAAGAAGGAAAAAAGAUAGAAAAAGAAGAAACAGCAAAGAAAGAAAAGACAUUCUUCCCACUUCUUGAAUUUCAUACAACAAUCUGGAAUAAAAGCUACAAUAGAGAGAAAAUAGAUUUUGAAGUAAGUUGAGACUUUAGUGUGAUUUGAGUGUGUGAUCCAUUUUUAGAAUAUUAAUUUCACUACCCAUUAAUUAUGGCCAAGCAUAGAGUUAGGUUUACUGUGUUUAAAAGCAGUCCUCCCCCAAUGUGAGUGGGAAGCAGAGUUUUCAGGGUGUCUAUUGGGAAAAGUGUAGACAGAUGCUAUUAAGAUACCAAUAGUAUCCAUGUAAGAUGGCAAAUGCAUUAAAGAAAAUCAGGAAAAUAAA